ACCAACAACGUCGCAUUUUCAUUGUCCAAACCAAAUCCUCUCUCUUUUUGGCUCUCUCCCCUAAAUCUGCUCCGCCAUCCGUCACUGUAGCGGUUACUGUUGAAAAAACCGCAAAGUCGACUAUGCAGACGACCAAGAUGCGCCGGAAAAUCGCCCCCGCGGUGACGGACGGCGAGUCCGACAAACUGGACCAGCUUCUCCUCUCUUCCGCCAUCUGCAACGGCGAAGAUUUGGGCCCCUUCGUCCGCAAAGCCUUCGCCUCCGGCAAGCCCGAGACACUCCUCCACCACCUCCGCCACUUCACCCGAUCUAAGGAGUCCGAGAUCGAGGACGUCUGUAGGGCCCACUACCAGGACUUCAUUAUGGCCGUUGACGACCUCCGAUCCCUCCUCUCCGACGUCGAUUCCCUCAAAUCAUCUCUCUCCAGUUCCAACACUCAAUUACAGUCCGUCGCUCGCCCCCUCUUGUCCUCUCUCGACUCCUUCGUCGAGGCUCGAAACGUUUGCCGAAACGUAGCUCUCGCAAUAGACUCCGUUCGAACCUGCGUUCAAUUGAUCGAGCUCUGCUCGCGGGCCAAUUUUCACCUCUCUGCGAAAAACUUCUACAUGGCGUUGAAGUGUGUGGACUCGAUUGAGAGCCAGUUUCUCGAUAAAACGCCCUCGACGACGCUUCGGCGGAUGUUGGAGAAGCAGAUCCCGGCGAUUAGAUCGAAUAUCGAACGGCGAAUCAACAAAGAGUUUGGCGAUUGGCUCGUUGAGAUCCGUACGGUGAGUCGUAAUCUUGGGCAACUCGCUAUCGGACAUGCCUCGGCUGCGAGGCAGAGAGAAGAAGAGCUACGCAUUAAGCAAAGGCAAGCUGAAGAACAGAGUCGACUCAGUUUAAGAGACUGCGUUUAUGCUUUAGAAGAAGAAGAUGAUGAUGGACUCGGCGAAAUCGGAGAUGAAGGUAAGGAUGGUUAUGGUAAUUAUGGGACUGGUAUUUUAGGGUUUGAUUUGACUCCACUGUAUAAGGCUUAUCAUAUUCACCAGACACUAGGGGUUGAAGAUCGGUUUAAACAGUACUACUUUGAGAAUCGCAAGCUUCAAUUGACUUCGGACUUUCAGGUAUCUUCAAUGACACCUUUUCUUGAAUCUCACCAGACAUUUUUUGCUCAAAUUGCUGGUUUCUUUAUAGUUGAAGAUCGAAUUUUGAGGACCGGUGGUGGAUUAAUAUCGAAAAUGGAAGUAGAAAACUUAUGGGAUACGGCUGUGAGUAAAAUGUGCUCUGUAUUGGAAGAUCAAUUUUCUAGAAUGCAAACAGCAAAUCAUUUGCUGUUGAUUAAGGACUAUGUGAGUUUGCUUAGUGUAACCUUGCGUCGUUAUGGGUACCCUGUCGAUGCUUUGCUUGAUGUGUUGAGCAAGCACAGAGACAAGUACCAUGAGUUACUGUUAUCGGAUUGUCGUAAGCAAAUGGCCGAAGCACUUGCUGCUGAUAAGUUUGAGCAGAUGUUGAUGAAGAAAGAGUAUGAGUACUCAAUGAAUGUCCUUUCCUUUCAUAUACAAACAUCUGAUAUUAUACCUGCAUUUCCUUAUGUUGCACCAUUUUCUUCAAUGGUGCCUGAUUGUUGUCGGAUUGUGCGAUCAUUUGUUGAGGAUUCUGUGAGUUUCAUGUCAUAUGGUGGUCAGCUUGAUUUCUAUGAUGUUGUGAAGAAGUAUUUGGAUAGACUUUUGGGUGAGGUCUUAGAUGGGGCUUUAUUGAAGCUUAUCAGUACGUCUAUCCAUGGUGUUUCCCAGGCAAUGCAGGUUGCGGCAAACCUGGCUGUCAUGGAGCGUGCAUGUGAUUUCUUCUUCCGUCAUGCUGCACAGCUUUCGGGCAUCCCUUUAAGAAUGGCUGAGAGAGGUAGGAGGCAGUUUCCACUAAACAAAGCCCGUGAUGCAGCCGAAGAGAUGCUCUCUGGGUUGCUUAAACAAAAAGUUGAUGGUUUCAUGCAAUUGAUUGAGAAUGUGAACUGGAUGAUCGACGAGCCUCCACAGGGUGGAAAUGAAUACGUGAAUGAGGUGAUUAUUUAUUUGGAAACUCUGGUUUCUACUGCUCAGCAGAUCUUACCAAUUCAGGUUCUUAAAAGAGUUCUACAAGACGUCCUUUCUCACAUAUCAGAGAUGAUUGUUGGGGCUUUAUAUGGGGAAUCAGUUAAACGGUUUAAUAUGAAUGCUAUUAUGGGGGUUGAUGUAGAUAUUCGGUUGUUGGAAUCAUUUGCAGAGACUCAAGCUCCUCUUUUAUCAGAUGCAGAUGCAAAUCAGUUGAAAACAGCGUUUGUUGAGGCAAGACAAUUGAUUAAUUUGCUUUUGAGCAAUCAUCCGGAGAAUUUUUUGAAUCCAGUAAUCAGAGAGAGAAGUUAUAAUUCUUUGGACUACAGAAAAGUGGUGACCAUUUCGGAGAAGUUAAGGGAUCAAUCAGAUCGGCUGUUUGGAACAUUUGGAUCAAGGGGAUACAAGCAGAAUCCCAAAAAGAAGUCUCUGGAUGCAUUGAUAAAAAGACUCAAGGAUGUGAACUGAUUUCAUAAAGAGUUGUAAGUACUUCUCGGGUACUUUUCUCCUUACUUAUGUUGGUUGUGGUUGGCACUGUCUUAUACGGUUUUCUGCCAAUUAAAUUUUCUUGCCCUAACCCUGCCAAUCGUUGUUGUUGGUUGUAUCAUGCAAUGUGCAAAUUUCCUUCUGCAUGUAUUGCUCUCGUUAUUGCAUACUGGUGGUUGUAUUGAAUUCUUUUGGGCCAUAUCAGUAGAUAUUCAAUUUUUUUUAACUUUUGCAUU